AUGGAGGGAGAUCAGCUUGGGUAUUCCUUGCUUCAGUCUCUGUUAUGCUCCAGCUGGCCUGGGGUAUGCGCAGCUUUGAUCACCCGGCAUCGUGGCUCAGCGGUCUCCUCUGCGGGUGAAGAUCAAAGCCUGCACAAAGGGAUUUAUGGUGCAGGCCAAUGGCUUCCGUUGAUUCUUACCGUUGGGAUUCUUACUGGAGUCUCUUGCAUUGGUGCACUAGGCUUCCUGCGGGAAGGCAAGCAAGAGAGGAGUGUGGACAACCGGAGUCAGCAAGAUCAUGGAGAUUCCUGCAACGAAGCAAGCUAUUCCCGUUUACUGGUGCAGGGUGGCUGA